GGAGUAUAGUCAGAUGUAUAUGUAGAGGUUAGCUCCUUGAAGACUGGUUUGAAGAUGACAAAAAUAUCAUGCUUCUUUCUUAUAUGGGCCCUGCUGUUCUUCUUAGAUAUUCAUACAGGUACAGACUGUGCCAGCGCUCACCAUCACAGUCUGGUAAAAGAGUUCAGUCACUAUGACAAUAAAGCAACAAAAAACAAACAGGGUCGAUUUAAAUGUGGUUUUUGCAAGAGAGUCGUUGGAAAAAUAUUAGCUAUUAUUGGAAAACAAAUUUCCAAGGACAAGACUGGUCGGCAGCUUGAUAACAUCUGUAGAAAACUAAAAAUACCUUUCUGUAAAAGAUUUGUAAACAAAUAUAAAAACAAUCUGAUCAAUGCCCUGUCUGCUGGAGGUCAUGCACAUACCAUCUGUGUCAAAUUAAAAUUGUGCAAAUAGAUAUGCAUGUAACAUACAUGACACACAUCUGAAAGGGAUAACAUAUAUAACUAUAUAUAUAACUAAGGAUAAUAUAUUUGUGGUUGUUUAUAUGUGUUUAGGUUGGGACUAAAGCUUUGUUCAGUAAUUAUUUUUUUAAACUAAUAUAAUUUUUAAAGUGUAAUUUUGGUGGUCUUUAUUAAGAUAAAUCCCUCCGUAGUCAAGUUACAUUUCUUUUUGUGUGUGGUUUUCCUGCAUGAUAUAAACUACAUUUUGACAUGCUUAUAAGAAAUAUGUGGUCGUUUCUAUGUGUUUUGGGUCUAACGCUUUGUUCAGCAAUUAUUUUUGGAAACAAAUAUAAUUUUGAUACUGUCAUUUUGGUGGUCUUUAUUAAGAUAAAUCCCUCCUUAGUUAAGUUACAUUAAGCAUGGUUUUCCUUUGCUAAGCAUGGUAUAAACUACAUUUUGACAGGCUUAAACUUGUGUAGUACCCAGAUAUCUCAAAUAUAUACCGUUAAGCAGAUGUUGAUAUGAAGAUCACUUUUAAUUUUAACAUUCUGUUUUGGUGCAAUAUGGCUGCCGUCGCAUUAUUGAGGUGGAUGCUGCACAUUGGUAGCCUGGUCCAACCAGACUCUCGUACAUUCAUUUAAUUUGUACAGAGAGUCUGGCCACGCUCCAUUGCAAAGCGUUACUUCUGUUAAGGAGGGUCCUCAUAAUUGAAUGACUUAAAGUCAACAAUCAGUCACAAAACCAACUGUUAAGUGUUCAUGUUGUUGUCAACUAUA